GUCAAUAGAAAAGAUGGCUGAUGUUGCUCAUGAUCUGGGAAUAUUAGUUGAUGAAAACUCUUCAGAGUGCCAAGCUGGAAAGAAAAAUGCAGACAUCAUCACUGAAGACAUUAAAGACAUACUGAAAUACAAAGAAGAUCAGCUUCCACUACAAGGUGAAACAUGGAAAGAACUAACUUAUUUAGAGAAAGAAGAGUGUCAGCUUCAAAAAGUUGGUUCUAAAAACACAGAAACUUACAAAAGUAAACUUCAAAAAGAGAAAGAAGAACUACGAAAAAAACAAAACAGCUAUGCAAUGUCAAAUGCCAUGAAACAUUUUAUCAGAGCCAUAUCCAGCACAGGAGCAGAGAGGUGUUAUUUUCUGAAAUGGAUGCAGAUGAACCUUGAUAAUCUGUCAAAUAAAAAACUGUCUGGACUCAGAGARCUCUAUAAAGAAAAAKGYMARGRUYCUSAGAACAAAGAGGAGAUCAAAGAAAUUGAUAAACAACUUUCCAGCAGCUCACUGGGAWCUGAACACUUCUUCCGUGAAAUGGGUCAGAUCUAUGAAGCUUCUCUGUUCCUUCCAGAAACAGACCCAUCACGUCAACAGCUGCRACAUCUGCCCAGACUCUGUGCUCAGUUGUURUUGGAUGGAUUUCCUCUUGAGCUUGUAGAUGGAGAUGCAUCCAACAUUCCUCUCAGAUGGGUGAGUGAUGUUCUCUCUCAGCUCAAUGACUUGGUGUCUCCAAACAACAAGAUCCUGGUAGCAACAGUUCUUGGAUUUCAGAGCACAGGAAAGUCCACUCUCCUUAACACCAUGUUUGGAGUUCAGUUUGCAGUCAGCACUGGUCGAUACACUCGAGGUGCCUUCAUGCUGCUCAUCAAAGUCAAUGAAGACGUCAAGAAAACUCUCAACUGUGACUUCAUGAUGAUCGUCGACACUGAAGGUCUAAAGUCACCAGAACUGGCACAACUGGACAACAGUUAUGAACAUGACAAUGAGCUUGCAACACUUGUUGUUGGGCUGAGUGACAUCACCAUCAUYAAUAUUGCAAUGGAGAAUUCAACAGAGAUGAAGGACAUCCUGCAGAUAGUGGUGCAUGCUUUCCUCAGGAUGAAGGAAGUUGGUAAAAAACCUAAAUGUCAGUUUGUUCAUCAGAACGUUUCAGAUGUUUCAGCUCAUGAGAAGAACCUCAGAGACAGACAGCUGUUCCUAMAACAGYUGAAUGAGAUGACCCAGGCAGCAGCUAAAAUGGAGAAGARAGARAMRAACAAGAACUUCACUGAUGUGAUGGAGUACAAUCCAGAUACUGGGAACWGCUACAUUCCUGGACUCUGGUAUGGAAACCCACCAAUGGCACCAGUYAAUGCAGGAUACAGUGAGGCUGUGUAUGAGCUCAAGAAAAACAUCAUCCAACAGCUGAAAAACUGUGAGUCAACUUCUAAUAAMAUCCURGAGYUYMGARAGUGGAUGAWCAGCCUGUGGACUGCAGUCAAACAUGAAAACUUCAUCUUCAGCUUCAGAAACAGCCUGRUAGCUGAUGCUUACAKGAAGCUCUGUUCARAGUUCAACMARUGGGAGUGGGAGUUCAAAAAAGCAAUGUACAUCUGGGUUAUCAAUGUAGAAACAAGGAUUUCUAAUUUUGGUAYAUUUGCUGCAAAWUCUGAACUAUCUGACCWCAGAGAAUUUAUYAGUCAGUUGAAAAGUGAAGCAGYCACAGAGCUGACUGAAUGGGAGACAAAACUGCUGAAUUAUCUAGAAGACUACUUCAAGCAGACAGUGGGUUAUGUUCAAUUGGUUGUGGGAUACAAAGAGGAAUUUUCAAUCAAUAUAAAGAGUCUUCGACGACAAGAAGAAAGUUCUGUUAUUAACCAGCUCACUGUAGCUGCUGACAACAAACAGGGAAUGAAAGAAUUUCACAAGAUCAUAGAGAAUCACASAAAAGAAAUAGAAAAAUCAGUUUGUUCAUUAAUUGAUGAAUGCAGGAAUAAAAAAGUUCAAAUGACARAUUCAGAGCUGAACAAAGAGUUUGACAAAAUGUGGACUAAAACACUGAAYACCCUGCCUUUCACUGCUCAGAAACCUUCAGAUGUCUUCUCCUGUGUGUUUUAUCAUUUGMGAUYAAAUCUGUCACAGAAGGGGAGUUAUGCAUCUGAACUGUUGAGUAAAAAAAGCCUCAAGGACUGUGGGUUGCAGCCUUUCAAAWACACAGGCAAAGAACUUAUUGAAAAACCGUACAAAGAAAAUGGACGGUUCAACGUAAACGAUCCUGUAAAAACAAGGCAACAGUUUGCUGACAUCAUCAUAAACACCUGUAGAGACUCAGUGUUUGAUAAAAAGAACAGAAAAAACAAUUAUCAUAAAACUUACAUCCAGGAGAUCCUUCAUAUCAUUGAUGAAAAGCUGAAAAAUGCUGAUGUUGGAUUAGAUAUUGAGUUUGAAGUUUCUCUAAAACAACACAUCUGUGGAUUUGCAGCCAGACAGUUCCAGAAAAUUCAUGAAGAUUUCAUAAAAGAAAAUGAUCCCUACAGCUAUCUGCAGAAAGACAAGGAGAAAUUUUGUGCAGAUUUUAAAGAUCUCUUCCAUGAGCAGGACCAGUGCCAGAAGAAAGCUGAAGAAUUCACCAACAAAUGUCUGAAACCUGCAGUUGAAGACUUUGUCAAUCGAUCUCUGGGUCUUAAUUUAGUUGAUGAAAUGUUGAAAAGAGAGGAGUUCAGCACACGGAUGAACUUCCAGUAUGAGAUUUUACUGGAUYUACUUUCAAGAAACGACUUUACCUUGUUUCAGAAGUACAGUCAUUCAUAUGAAAGUUAUGUAAAAUCCUGGAUAUCUGACAGAAUAAAGGAUCAUUUCUCUGAAGUCUUCAGAAGUGAGUUUGAGGACAGACAUGUUCAGAUGAGCAUUGACAACAUAAAUGAAGCCAUCAAAACAGCUAAAGCAAAAACAACAGAGAGUGUGAAGACAUUUGUUGAAAAUAUCUGCAGAGAACUUGGUGAUAAAAUGGUGAUUUCCCAGGAUGCUCUURGUGCCUUCAUGAUCCUGAACAAUGCUAACCAGGAACAGUUUGUUCACUGGCUCACAGAGUCUGUGAAGGACAUGAAAGAAACUCUGAGAGAGAAGUUUAAAAACACAACCUUUGAAACUAAACUCCAACAUCUUCACAUUAACCCUAACAAUGAACUUUUCAUCAGAGUGAUUGGUUGUGGCAAACUAUGUCCGUUCUGUAGAGUUCCCUGUGAUGCAGGAGGAAAAGACCACACUGAACACUUUGCUUCACUGCAUCGACCAUGGGGGAUUGGUGGGACCAGAUGGCAWGGCUCGCAGAAACUUGUCACUGACAUUUGUUCUUCCUCUGUGAUCAGUAGCCGCUGCUUUCACUGUAGUGAAACAGGGGAUGAACUCCAUUCUUACAAGGAUUACAGGAAAAUAUAUCCAGACUGGGAUAUUCGUCCAGAUGUGAGUCUUCAGGCUUCAGAUUACUGGAAAUAUGUGAUGACAAAGUUCAACAAGGAGUUUGCUGCAGCAUGUUGUGCAGAGCCUGCUGACAUUCCUGAUUCAUGGAAAAAUAYUGCAGAAAAACAAGCAAAAGAAAGUCUCAAGGAAUCAUUUAGUAUUAAGUAAAACUAUCAUUAUCCAUUAUUUUCUGAAAUCAACUGAUUCUGUCUCUUCUAUGUUUUUAUAACAGGAUCAAUUGGGUAGAAAAUGGUGGGUGAAUAUCCCUUAAACUAAUUUAAAUGGUUAAGUUUUACUACAGUUAACACAGACCAUUACUACUAAAACUAAUAAGUGUAUGACUGCAACUCAAAGUUAAUUUUUUGUCUGUAAAUGRUUGACUUGAAACAUUUCACAUGUACAACAU